CAUCAUGUUACAACACAAUCACAACACCACUGAACAUCCACUCAUCAGAAUCACUAAUGAGGUGAUGCUUUAAGUCACCCACUCACCAGGACCAGGAAAAGAGGCGGCACAUCGCACCAGUCUGAAAAGAGGCGGCAUAUCAGCACUCAACGUGAAGGGAGUACAUCGGACCAGUCGACACAGAGGCAGCACAUCGGACCAACAGUGUGACUCUGAGCAGUCCAGUCCUGCUGCUGGUUUCAACAGUGUGUGUGUGCUGGUGUUAGUAGACCAUCUGAGAACUGCCAUCAGUCCAGCUGUUUUUGCGGACGGCUCUAUUGACUCCCAACAGUCUUCUGGUGUGACUGAGGUGUGACUGUGACCUUCUGCUCUCUGCACCAGUGUGGUGCUGUCACCGUCUUAUUGGUGCUGCUCGGUGGCGACUGCACCCUGUGUGACUGCUGUGAUCGUCUCUCUCCCUCCUGUUCUCCAGGCAGAAUGUGUGUGUCUGCAGCCCGCGUGGUGCUGAGCCUCUGCCUGGCUCUGGUGCUUCUCUGGCCGGCAGCUGCGGAGGGGCAGUUGCGCUUCAACAGACGGCCAGCGUGUAGUGGUAUGAGCGUUGCCCAGGCGUGCCCCCUAAACUACUCUCCAGUAUGCGGCAACGAUGGACACACCUACCCCAACGAGUGUGCACUGUGCAUGCACCGGCUGGAGAAGAACGUAGAUGUGCUGAUUGUGAAAGAAGGACGCUGCUGAGGACUCAAUCACACUGAACCUCUGGAAUACAGUAUUAUACUGUAUAUCUGCAAUACUGUAGUAUCUAGUUGUUUUUUGUUUGCUUUUUAAAAAAUAUAUAUAUUUUAGGGGCUUUUAUGCAUUUAUUUGAUAGGACAGUCUGAGAUGGUGACAGCCAGGAAGCGAGUGGGACAUAGAGACGGGGUGGGUAUCUAGUUUAACAGAGGCCAACUAGCAGAGUGUGGCGUGGAAUGUUAGUAAACCUCCCUCCCGAAGGCUCAUACAGUAUCUGUAGCACUGAUCCAUCGGUGUGGACUAGAGCAUGACACGGGAGUGGAUUUUCACUCCCGUCCCAUCCCGGUCCCAGAAAAAAAAACCCAUCCCAUCCCAUCCCGGACUGGAGUAAAAGAAACAAAUCCCAUCCCAUCCACUCCGGAAAAGAAUGUUUCCCAAUCCUGCCCACUCCCACUCAAAAUCAAUCCCACUCCCGUUUCAUAGGCUUUUUUAAUGAAAAAAUAAGCGAGCAUUCCAGCGAGCAUUCAUUUUUAUUCCCGCUCCUGCCCGCUCCCAUUCAUCUUUAUUCCCGCUCCUGCCUGCUCCCGUUCAUCUUUAAAAUUUUGACUCUCAUCCCGCGGGAUUCCCACGGGAAUUCCUGAAAAAUGUCAUCCUCUAGUCUGGACCUUUAGCUCAGCGGUAUGGUGCUCUGACUCCCAUACCAGAACUGGGGUGAAUUUAUCAAAACCAAUGUUGCUAACUACAGUAGUUACUUUGCUGUUUUCAAUGCAUUUUCCCAUUGGCAACUACCGAAGUUGCUAACAGGCUAACAACUUCUCUUUUGAGAAGUUUUGGUUCAAGACCCGAGGGGGACGGAAAAAAUGAAAAAAUAUCCUGAGCCUUUUUCCCCUGCUCUAACGACGACGACAAGAUAUACUGCAUAGUGACGUACCGUAGGCCUAUUUUGACACAUUAUUCAAACAUUUAAUAGUGUAUGACCAAUAUUCAAGCCUGAUAGUAGAAGAAAACCCUGAACCUGUAACACUUUCUGAGAUAAGAAUAACCUAAUGGCUAAUUAUUAUCAAUGUUUUUAUUUUAGCAAAUUCUGUCAAGCCUGAAAUCAGGCAUGGAGCCUGAAUACUAUCAGCCCUGCUACUGUAGGCAACCAGACUGGACUUCUGGAAUAUACGUGUAUUAUCUAGAGUAAUAUUUAUGUGUGGAUCCAUGUACUAUAUAUCCACAAUACUGUAUCUUUAUAAUUAAGUGAAUAGUAUAUUAGUGUGUAUCUACCUACAGUGUAAUAAAUAAUAUGGUGCGUGUUGACUGUUGAGUAUGGGACCUACUCCAGCCAAUAGAGUGCUAAGCCUGCAUGACCAGCCCUCUCCUUCUGGUAGGCUGAAAUCCAAACACUUUAACCACGUUUUGUAUUUAUUAAUGUGUAACAUGUUUACUGUAUUUUGAAUAUUAAACUAUUUGAUUGAAGUCA